AGGGACUUAUAUUGGAGAGGCAAACUGUUCUGCUCGUAUUUUGUCAAGAAAGAAUUCAAGCCAAUGAGGAACUCUGUAAAACAGUUUUAUUGUUGAUACUUGGAGUGAUAUCUUUCCUUAUGGUGGAACAACUGAUCAACAUUUUUUUUUUAUUCACGAUUGCAGUUUAUGUGGUUCUUUCGGAAGAUGAUUGCCGAAUACUGCAGUUUUUGGAAGCUAAAGAUGGCUCAGCGCUGGAAAAACACAUCAUAAGAACAAUUGCCUUAAACUCUGAGCAUUCGUGCAGAGUUCAGUGUUAUCUGGAGAACGCAUGCGUAUCGUACAACUUUGGAAAGAGAGUAGCAGGAAAUGAAGUCUGUGAAUUAAACAAUUCGACAGACAUACAACAUCCGGAUGAUUUAAAACCGAGAGUGAAUUUCAUCUACCGUGGAGCUGAGGUAUAUAAAAGUUUCCUAUAA